UGGAGUAUAUGGCUGAUGUGGAAUACCACACAUUUGUUUAAGAUGAAUUAGUGCCGACUACAGCAAUUGUCCACUUCCAUUCACCACAAAUGUAGAGAAUUGAUACCGAUUUACUUAACCGAUUAUCCCACGUCCAGUGCCGUCGCCACCCGAGCUCGGAGAAGAUGAUUCAGAGUUUUAGGUUACUUGAGUUGGAGAGUGAUGAAUGUGAGGUGCAUCUGCGGUGGUGAGGCCCGUCAUUAUUUGCUGUAUUAAUAGACAGCAAUGAACUGCCCAUCUUUGUAAUGACACAUAUGUACUACCCACACUGUUAACCCAAACUUUCAAUUUCAUCACCAUUUUGGUCACUUAUUUCCAGUGAUGAAAAGCUAAACAAAAUGCCAAAGCCUAAUUAAAGUUUAAAGUACCAAACUUAAUGAUUACAAGUUAUUUAUGAGCUUUACACUCAUAAAUAUUCAGCAACAAUUCAUAUAUACACCUGAAAUCAUCAUGUCACUGGCCGAACAGUCACAGAAGUGGUUUCCAACUCAUGUUCAAGCCACUGUCCUCCAAGCAACAGACUUGCAACCAAAGGGCAAGAAUGGCACCAAUGAUGCCUACACCAUCAUCCAGCUGGGGAAAGAGAAGUACUCCACAUCAGUGGCAGAAAAGACCCUCAGCCCAGUCUGGAGGGAAGAGGCCUCCUUUGAACUGCCAGGACUGCUUUUGGGGAGCAAUCCAGAGGUUUACGAGCUGUGUCUCACAGUGAUGCACAGGUCCCUAGUUGGGUUGGAUAAAUUUCUGGGCCAAAAACUCAUCAACUUAAAUGAGAUAUUUGACAAUAAGGAACGGCGGAAAACUGACUGGUACACUCUGGACUCACGGUCUGGUAAGAAGAGGAAAGAGCGAGGGAAGAUUCAGGUUAGCAUCCAGUUCAUGCGGAACAACAUGACCGCCAGCAUGUUCGAUUUGUCAAUGCGAGACAAGCCUCAAUCGCCAUUCUCCAAGCUCAAAGAAAAGAUGAAGGGUCGCAAGCACGACAGUGCCUUUUCAGAGACAUCUUCUGCCAUUAUUCCACCCUCAGGACAGAGCGAGACUGAUUCUCUGCCAGACCAGCACCCGCACCCUCAGGCUGCACCUGAACCCAAGCCAAAACGCUCACUUCUCGCUGGGACGCAGAAACUUUCUGCUGCUCACUCCAUGUCCGAUCUGAUAGGAACCCACUUCAGGCCCAAACUUGACUCCAUGAAUUCCAUUGAAGAGAGCGGGGGCACUGCAUCUCACCGACACUCUCAGAGCGAAGGAUUCGACUGCUCAGCCAGCGACGUUCCAUGUGACCCCUUUUCUGACAUCGGAGACAACAUGCCCCAGAAAUACGCCACUCUCCCGCACAACCGCAAUCCUUUCGAGGGUGAUCAGGGAAUGCUGUGGGGGACCGAGAAGAGGGAGAAGAAGGACAAGGUUAGUCUUCUGGGGAGAGUGACUGGGAAGAAAGACGGCAAGAAAACUGGUGCACGGACAGGCAGCUCUGGGGACCUGCGAUCUCCAAACCCCUUUACUACUGAAACCUCAAGUGAAACCAACCCUUUCCUCUCACACUACAGAUCCAGCAGUGACAACAUGAGAAAACCCACUAGUAAUGAAGAUAUCACUCAGAGAUUCAAAACCUCCCCUGAGAAGAAGCACGGCAUGAAAAGCUCAAAAGUUCAUGAGCCUGAACAUCUCCAGGCAAGUAUGGCGGCCUAUAGCAAUCUCUCCUUUGAGGAAGUUGUGCAGGAGCUCAUCAAGCAGAAAGAGGUGGUGAGAAAAAAAGAUGCUCAUAUUCGGGAGCUGGAGGACUACAUUGAUAACCUGCUGGUCAGGGUCAUGGAAGAGACUCCUAGCAUCCUCAGAACACCCUAUGAGCCCAAGAGGAAAGCUGGAAAGAUCUCAAAGAAAUAAAGCAGCCUGGAGUUAGACCUAGCAUAUCGUCAUAUCAGAUUUCUGGCAAAUAUAUUGCUUGUUAAAGGACAUUAAAAUGUCGGCAAGUAUAUUUGUUCACACAUGACACUGAUUAUAUGUUAUGAAGUUAUUCUGGGUUUGCAAGAAUAAUCAGAUUUCUGGUUAUUGAAGGACAACGGGCACUAAAUGUGGUGAUGCCAAACACCCUUUUUAGACGUUGAACUCUAGUAUGAUUUUUUUAAGAGAAACUAAUACUUGUGAGUGAACCAUUUUGGAAAAUAUUCACAAGCAGCCAUUCAUGGUUAAGAAAGGCUUUCUUGUGUGAUGAGACCAAUAUUAUGUUUGCACCGAAAAAGACUGUGUAAAUUGACUUUUACUUUGAAUUCAGUCAGUUGAAUUGAAUACUGCACUUAAUACUACUCAGUACUACUGUGUUUUACAAUGAUCAGUUUGCGAUGGUAUCACUGGGGAGGCCUUUAAAUUGCUGUGACAGCAUUCACACAAACACAACUGGAUAUUGCAAAAACUGCAACCUGAUACAUUUAGUUACAUGUUUCUCUUACAAAAUAUGUGGUGAAGCAAGGAAACUCGUAGAUUACUGGGACCACAGAACUUAAAACCUAUGUUAAGUGUAUACUGGAUGUCUGGAAGACCAUGUUGGGUUUGACUGAGUAACUCUCCUUGAGUGUGUUUACACUGUAUGUAUGAUCAGACUCAUGAUAUUGGCAUUUUUGGGGGGGUACAUGAACUUUUUGGUACUUUUUCAAAUGAUUCUACUAUAAAAUGAUACAGUGUUACAGGUUUACACUACUAAAUAUUUAUUUUGAGCUUGAAUUACAAUGAACAAAAUGUGUGUGUGUGUGUGUGUGUGU